UUGUUGGCUGCGGAUGCCGGAGUCAGAUUGCCAGUCUGAUACCAAGUCUCGGGACCCAGCAAAGUCCCCACAGCUAAUCUCCCUUCUCAAAAUGUUUAUGAAAUGAACGCGCUUCGACCAAUUUACCCCUGGUUUACUGCAAUGUAAAAUACACAGAUAAUUGAGGACUGAUACCCCUGGAAGCUACGGGACCAUCUGUCCCGCGACGUCGCGGAGCUGCCGGUGCUGGGGUCCGCUCUCGCCUCUCUGACACACCAACAGGUGGGGUUAAUCAUUCCAAUCAGACAUGGUGAAGCCUGGAUGCAAUUUCUCUGAGAAGGCAGAGAAAGAACAGGGUGUGGAAGAUGGCUUUGAUAACAUCCCCUUGAUAACUCCACUGGAUGUAAAUCAGCUUCAACAGCCGCUCCCCGAGAAGGUGGUGGUGAAGACCAGGACUGAGUAUCAGAUCCAGCAGAAGAAAAAGAGAAACCUGCACAUCCCUGGGAUUAAGAAGCUGAACAUUAACCUUUAUGAUGAAGUCUCCGAAAAAGUCAAGCUCACUGGAUUGAUCCUCAUUACUAUGGCGUUCCUUGCCUGCCUCUUAAUGCUGGUCAUGUACAAGGCAUUCUGGUAUGAUCAGUUAAGCUGCCCUGAAGGUUUUGUAUUUAAGCAUAAACACUGUACCCCUGCCGCUCUGGAGAUGUAUUACUCAGAGCAGGAGGCAGGUCCCCGCGGAAGCCUCUACACGGUCAUUAGCCACUUAAGUCAGGCUAAGAGAACCAUUCCUGAUCUCUCAUCACCAUGGCUACCGGUGCUUCCUGCCUUGAAAGGAGCAGCAAAAUCAAAGGAAGAAGCUAACAACCCUCAUCAAUAGAAGACUCAAGGAGGAAAAUAAAUUCAUCUCAUUGUUUAUUAAAGUACUCGAGCAUUCUAUAAAUCUCCUUACCAGGACAAAUCUUUCUCUUAGGGAUAUGCGUGUGUGAGUGUGAGUGGAUGUGUGUGAACGUGUGAGGGUCCGUUUGUGAGGGUUUGUCUCUGCGUCUGUGCAAUAUAGGUGUGCACACACACGCAUGGUGUGUGUGGUAAUUUGUUUCUGUCUGUGUAAUAGUGUGUGUAUGAGAGUUCAUCUGUCUGAAAUUGUGUGUGUGUGUGUGUGUGUGUAUGUGUGUGUGUGUGUGUGUGUGUGAGAGAGUGUGUCUGUGUUUGUGCAUACACAUGUGUCUGCAUGUGUUUGUGUGUGUGAGUGUGUUUGUGCAUACACAUGUCUGCACGUGUUGUCUGUGUGUGAGAGAGUGUGUGUGUUUGUGUGUGUGUGUGUGUGUGUGUGUGUGUGUGUGUGUGUGUGUUUGUGCAUCUAUCUUUGUGUACUUUUGUUUACCUGAGUCUGUGAAUAUAUGUUGGUGUAUCUGAGAGAGAGAGAGAGAGAGAGACUGGGAGAGAACCACAAUCAAAUCACAUAAUAUAAUAAAAUUCGGUUGGUUUGCCCAAGCUACUGUUGGGGUGAAAGUGAAGGUUAAUUUGACCAGUCCUGACAAAUCCAAUCUGACUCUCAGUAGAUAAAGAAACAGCAGGGCUGUACUGUACAUUUUCCUAUAAAUUGGCUUCAGGGACCAGGUUUGAAAAAGGCCUGUGGACAUGAAUCAUGAAAUCCAGUAAUGCAGAUAGGGUACAUUUGGCCCAUUGUGCCCAUGCUAGCUGUUUGAAAUGCUCACCAAUAUUUCUGUGGCUGUGUUGUGAUUGUUUACAUUGUUCGACCUGACUCCAAUUCCCAAAUGCUAUUUGGAUACUUCUCCCCAAGUCCCAACUUCAUUAUUGCACAUCAGAACUCAAUGGCAAAGUGUUUGUUCUCCCUACGGACCCCACUGUCAGAGGAUGAGAUGGUGCCUGAAAUAAAUCUCUUCAGGUCAGGGUUUAGAGCUGAGAAAGAAUGAUGAGAUGACUCAUAGGUGCAGCCUCAAAUGAAUAGAUUUUGUUCCACUUGCCUUAGUCAAACACCCAGACUCCUUGCGGCUUUGUUCUGGUAAUUGAACUAACCAUGGAUGGGACCUUCCAAUCAGUACAGCUACAAAGGGGGAAGAAUAAUUUGCUCCAACAACGGUGUGGAUGGCAAAUGAAUGGAUCCUUACACUGCAGAUGUUGGGUGACAAGUAUGUAAGUAAUAAUGUUUAGUGCCCCAUUCCUUUAUUGAAAUAAUUAAUGUUAUAUGGUUUACUCUCCCUUCUAGUUUUCCCACUGAAUGGGCUAAUGUAUCUUGAUAACUGGUCUAUGACUGGGCCACCACACGGUGAUUACUUUUGUAAAUAUCGCUUUGGCCCAAAGCCAGAAUCUCAGUGAGUUACUAACUGUGGCAUCGCCAUGUCAAUCAGCAACAAUUAAAGAUGUAUUGAUUUGCAGUAAUAAUGAAAUGUAAUUUGUUAACGUUCUGUUACUUACCAUCUACAAAAAAUUUUGGUCUUCAGUAAUACUAGUUAAUUUGAAGUCCUGUUUCCUUUAGUCUCAGCAGGAUCCAGGACUUGGCACCAUUUAGAUAAUUUGGUAAUUUUUCUUUUCUAAAUUCCUUGCCUUUCAGUUGCCGACUGUUGGGAAUAAGAUGAAAUGAUUGUGGAAGUUUGGGUUUAGCCACCUACAUGAUCAAAAUCAAAAGGAUCCACAUGCUGGAAAUUGGGAAAAAACAAACUGCGGGAAAAUGGCAGGUCAGGCAGCGUCUGUGCAGAGAGGAACCUCUAAUGCUUCACAGUGAAGACCUUUCCUCAGAAUUGGGAAUGGGAGUAAACAGAUUAGUUUGAAGUUGCAGAGGUUUUGUGGGGGAGAAAUGGGUAGGUCAAAGGGAACAUCUCUGGUAGGGCAAGGCCAGGAUUGUUGUGGUGAUAAGCUGCUGAUGAAGCAUCUGGUUGACAUUAAUGAGGUUAUUAGAGAGAGAAAGCAAACAAGUAAACAUGCAGAAGCUGUGGUGCAGGUCAGAGCUGCAGGUCAGAGCUGUAGGAAAUACUCUGGUCCUUUAUCCACAGACACGGCCUGAGAUGGUGAGUGUUUCAGCAUUGUCUGCUUUUAUUCUCUGUGAAUGUGGUCACUGUUAUUCUGUUAUUUCCUUCUGUUGUGUGAGCAGAAAUCGAAGGGAUGUUGUCCUCAGUCUCGGCUGGGAUGCCUUGGUCACCCCACCUGUAUGCCUCUACAGAGAAAGCUAUAUCCCAGACACAGCUACUUUCAUUCCAAGGCCUUGUUGUCUUCCUUUAAGGUUUCCACUGCUCCACUCUGUGGUAGUUUCCAACCAUCUACCAACAAUGGCCUCUCUGAAGCCACAGUAGCAGUGAGUGCAGAACUCGUGCGCCUCAGUAGACAUCAGAUGUGCAGUAGUUUGUGUUUGCUUUCAUAUGAAGUAGACAGUAUUCCAUCUGGCAGAUAUUACGCAGGGAGCUGGUGAACUGGUCUGUAGUUGGGUGGCAAGAUUCAUGUGAACACACCCACCAGUAGAUUCAAGUAGAACAAAUAACUGUUGUCACAUUAGAUUCAUGAAGGCUAAAUCCAAUGGAGUUAUUUCAGUCAUGUGGGAAAUCCCUGGAGGAGCAACUGAAUAGAGCAGAAUCUCUACCGUAAAGAGGCAAAGUAACAGACACAGUUCUGUAUGGCUGGUUUAGGAACAGAGUCUUGGAGUGGUGAGUGAAAGGCAAUGUCCAACGUACACAAGAAUUCUGAGCUACAGGGCAGACAGUCAUUUCAGACAGCCCUGACUCUAACCACAGCCUUCACAUUCCCAAAUAAAUAGAUUCUAUGAAGCUGGGUCAAUCGACCAUGUCGCUUGGAGCUGCUCUGAGCACAGGUACUUGAAAUUCAACACCAGUUCUUGCAAGACUAUGCACGUUGGGAGUUCCUAGCACUGCACUCUGCCUGAUCUCUGCAAGCUGGCUUUCCAUGAAUGCAGUGGAACUAACUUCAGACCCAAGGAGAAAUAUGAUGGGGACAGUGCAGGCUGGGUGGCUUUGGGGGAUUACCACUGUCUAAAAGACCAACAGAUUGGUCAAGCUUUGGGUGGGUAUCUGAGAACAAAACUCUGCUCCAAGCUCUGCAGCAAUUGCUUUGUAGACAGGUUAAGGAUGAAACCUCUCUGGGACAGUUGUGAUACAAAGUAGUGCAGACUGAUGAAAGGAGCUUGCAGCAGAGGUGCUGCAUCACGGCAUGAAUGUCAGAUUGACCUGCUGUGGAACUAAUCCAUUCAUUUCUCUCUGUAGCAUUCACUUGCAAGUAGCAGUACAGAAGCUGACAGUUUUUAAUUAAGUUGCUGCAGGUUGCCUUUGUUUGUCUAAAAAUCUAAUGAGAUGUUGCUUCUAAUAAGUAUAAUGAAUGUUGUAAUACUGUUGUGAUACCUCUGUCAGCAUUCGUCCUUAGUACCAGCAAUGUUCAAUGUAUGACACUGUUAAUUUAGCAACACUUUGUAUGUAUUUAUAGAUCUUGUGACUUUCACAUUGCUGCCAGCACGUUGGAGUGGUUUAAGUGCCAAAUGGAGAUAGUGAUUACCUGCUUUGAAACCAAUAAAAUAAAUGGACAGUUUUCUCUUCA